GUCGGGCAGGAAAAGGAAGUAGUUUGUUUUCUAGUUCUUUAACAUGGUGGUCGCAACGAUGCCGAAGCGUGUCAGAGCUGCGCGGCCAGACUUUGUAAGUUUAUCGGCGUCUACUGAGUCCCUCAAACAGAGAAAACGUGUGAAUAAAAACAAGAAGAAAAACUGGAACAAACACAGUGACAUUAAUGACAUCGAAAAAUAUUUAGACGACGUCAGACAUGAGCAGAGGACCACAGGAGGACUUUUGUCGGAGAAAUCCGAUAAUGCUUUGUUUUUUCUGGAUGCCAGACAACCAGAGGAUACCGAGGCAAAUGUUGCCGAAUCUGUCCCAAGGAAGAAAAAAAGAAAACCAUCCCGCCCUUUGAAAAUAGACUUGAUUCUACAACAUGACUCUAAGAUUCCACCACCAAAGGAUAUUCUAGCAUACCAGCAACCAAAUGCCAAGAAACUACGUCGAAUUGCCCAGAAAGCUGAACAGCUUGCAGCUAAAAAGACAGUGACCAGACGACAGAAAGCCCUUCUGAAGAGACAGCAGGUUGACAGAGUGGCAGAGAAGGAGACAACCAAACUGUAUAAUCCUAACAGAGAGUAUUAUGACAUUUGGGAACAAAAUACUAAAGAUUCAGCUGACCACUGGUAUCUUCAACAGACUGGGAAAAAACCUGUCAAGCGCCCAGAAAAAUUAAAAGAGAGACCUUCAGCCCUGCCUGCAGUUGAAGUAAUCGCCCCUGGAGGAUCCUAUAACCCAGAUUUCUUCUCUCAUCAGGCCUUGUUAAAGGACGCCCAUGAGGUGGAGGUGAAGAAAAAGAAGGAGGAAGACAAAAUAGAGAGACAGUUGGCUGUAAGAAGAGAAGACACAGCAACAGAGGAGACUAUUCUACAAGAACAGGUGGAGGGUUUGGUCGAAGAAGAGGACGAUGCGGCUUCUAUUGAGGAGGAGGAAGAUGAUGUGGCAACGGGUGGCAUUGUCCUAGCACAGAAGAAAACUGAAAGGCAGCGGAAGAAAGAGAAAGCAGAAAAAAUAAAGGAGCAUAAACUGUUGUCUGACAGAAGAAAGGCUGGCCUCCAACAACAGCUCUUUCAGCUUCGUUCCAUCAAGUCGUCCAUCAAACAUCAAGAACAGAAGACCAAGGACAAACAGAAGCUACGUGAAGCUGAGAAAGAGGCCCAGAAAAGCCAGCCUCGACGUCUUGGCAGACUUAGGUUCCAGCCUCAGGAUAUGGAAGUGCAACUGAGUCAUGAGUUGUCCAGCUCUCUGAGACAGCUCAAGCCAGAGGGCAGUGUCCUCAAGGACCGAUUUAAGAGUUUUCAGAAGAGGAACUUGAUUGAACCUCGAGAAAGAGCCAAAUUCAAGAGGAGACUCAAGCUCAAAUAUGUGGAGAAGAGAGCUUUCAGAGAAAUUUCUUAGUGUCUCAGUGGAAAGCAUAAAUCACAGCUCAGAUGAACACAAGACACAGUAUCACCCUGGCAUUGAAGAUGAUGACUGCUGAUGUUGUCUAUCUUAUUUUCAUACAAUUACAACAGUUUGCAAAUUUGUCACCAAUAAAUUAUAUACAAAAACUGACCAAAGCAGCUAAA